AUGUCGGAUUCUGCUGUGACGCCUGCGUCUGCACCUGCACCUGCGCCUCCAGCUGAGGCUGCUGCUGCCCCGAUCGACCCUAACAAUGUGCGCGAUCCGAAUUCGAAGAGUGCUGCGAAGAAGGAGGCGAAGAGGUUAGAGAAGGAGGCGAAGCUUGCGGCAAAGGCGGCCAAGGCUCCCGCUGCGCCAGCAAAGCCCAAAGGCGAGAAGAAGGAAAAGGAAAAAGAGAAGGAGAAGGAGGUUGAGCAGCCGUUUGUGAAUACAACACCCAAAGGCGAAAAAAAAGAUUUGUCGCAGCCUAUGGCGGCGGGGUACAACCCCCUCGCAGUCGAGGCGGCAUGGUACGACUGGUGGUCCGCGCAAGGCUUCUUCAAACCCGAAUACGUGCUCCCCACCACCCCCCUCGCACCAGGGGCGCCCGACACGCGCGACACGUUCGUGAUCCCCGCGCCGCCGCCCAACGUCACCGGCUCGCUGCACAUCGGGCACGGGCUGACGGUUGCCAUCCAGGACGGGCUCGUGCGCUGGAACCGCAUGCGCGGGCGCAGGACGCUCUUCGCGCCGGGCUUUGACCAUGCGGGCAUCUCGACGCAGAGUGUCGUGGAGAAGAGGCUGUUGAAGAAGGAGGGCAAGACGAGGCAUGAUCUCGGACGCGAGAGGUUUUUGGAGACUGUUAUGGAUUGGAAGAAUGAGUAUCAGGGAAGAAUUACGAAUCAGCUUCAUAGACUUGGGGGAAGUUAUGAUUGGGACAGGGUCGCGUUUACUAUGGACGAGAACCUGAGCAAAGCCGUUAUCGAGACUUUCUGCAGACUUCACGAAGACGGCAUCAUCUACCGCGCCAACCGCCUCGUGAACUGGUGUGUAAAGCUCAACACGACACUCUCAAAUCUCGAGGUCGACCAAAAGGAAUUGGAGGGCCGCACGCUGUUGAAUGUCCCCGGAUACGACCCGAAGGAAAAGUUCGAGUUUGGUGUGCUGACGAGUUUCGCGUAUGAGAUUGAGGGUAGCGAUGAGCGCAUCGUGAUUGCUACGACGCGUCCUGAGACUAUGCUUGGUGAUACCGCUAUCGCUGUGCACCCCGAUGACACGCGAUACAAGCACCUGCACGGCAAAUUCGUCAAGCACCCUUUCAUCCCCACCCGGCGCAUCCCCAUCAUCGCCGACACACUCGCCGAUAUGGAGUUCGGCACGGGUGCAGUCAAAAUCACGCCCGCGCACGACCCGAACGACUACGAAGUCGGCAAGCGCCACAACCUCGAGUUCGUGAACAUCCUCAACGACGACGGCACCAUCAACGCGAAUGGCGGCAGCGCCUUUGCGGGCAUGAAGCGCUUCCAUGCGCGUGUGGAGGUUGUGAAGAGGCUUAAGGACCUCGGGCUGUAUGUUGAGCAGAAGGAUAAUAAGAUGCAGAUUCCUGUGUGCAGCAAGUCUGGGGAUAUUAUUGAGCCUAUGCUUAAGCCUCAGUGGUGGGUCAACUGCCAGCCUUUGGCUGACGAGGCUAUCAAGCGCACCCGCGCCGGCGAGCUGAUUAUCAACCCCAAACAAUCCGAAAACGAGUGGUACCGCUGGCUCGAGAACAUCCAGGACUGGUGCAUAUCGCGCCAGCUGUGGUGGGGCCACCGUUGCCCCGCGUACUUUGUGCGCUUCGCGGACGGGCUGAACCCGGAUGGAAAGACGGCGCAGGACCAGAGCGACGGUGCGAGCUGGGUCGUGGGCAGGACGAGGGAGGAGGCGGAGGCGCGUGCGAGGGAGAUUGCGAAGGGGCGAGAGUUUGUUUUGGAGCAGGAUGAGGAUGUGUUGGAUACGUGGUUCAGCUCGGGCUUGUGGCCUUUCUCGAUCAUGGGUUGGCCGCAGAAGACGCUUGACCUUGAGAGGUUUUACCCCUCUAGUUUGUUGGAGACUGGAUGGGACAUUUUGUUCUUCUGGGUUGCGCGCAUGGUCAUGCUCGGCGCGUACCUCACCAACUCGAUGCCGUUCAAAGAGGUGUACUGCCACGCCAUGAUCCGCGAUGCGCACGGGAGGAAGAUGUCCAAGUCGCUGGGGAAUGUCAUCGACCCCAUCGAUGUUAUCCAGGGACUGGGGCUCGAGGAGCUGCAUAAGAAGUUAGAGGAGGGAAAUUUGGAUGAGAAGGAGGUGGCGAAGGCCAAGGCGGGGCAGAAGAAGGACUUCCCGAGGGGUAUUCCCCAGUGCGGGACGGACGCGCUGAGGUUUGCGCUUUGUGCUUAUUCCGGUGGAGGACGUGAUAUCAACUUGGAGAUUCUGCGUGUGGAGGGUUACAGGAAGUUCUGUAAUAAGAUCUUCAACGCGACCAAGUUUGCGAUGUUGAAGCUCGAUGAAGAGUUCGUGCCUCAGCCUUCGCUCAAGCCCACUGGAAACGAGAGUCUCGUUGAAAAAUGGAUUUUGCACAAGUUGAAUGUUGCUGCUAAGGAGAUCAACGCGCAGCUUGAGGAGAGGAACUUUAUGUCCGCCACAAACGCCGUGUACAACUUCUGGUUGUACGAGCUGUGCGAUGUGUACAUCGAAGCAAUGAAGCCCAUGACAGACGAAUCUGCGCCCGCUGCGACCCGCAAGUCCGCUCAGCAGACUCUGUACACCUGCUUGGACAGCGGGUUGAGGCUGCUGCACCCCUUCAUGCCGUUCGUCACCGAGGAGCUGUGGCAGCGUCUCCCUCGCAUGCCGAACGAUCCUACACCUUCGAUUAUGGUGGCCCAAUUCCCUGUGAACGAUGAUGCGUUUGUGUUUGAGGAGGCUGAGAAGCAGUUUGAUCUUGUGUUCUCGACGCUCAAGGCUGCGCGAUCGUUGGCGGCUUCGUAUACCCUCCAGAGCGAUAUUCAAUUCUUCAUUCAAGUCAAGUCCGAAGAGGAGGAAGCCUUGUUCACCCCCCAGACAGCGACAAUCGUUGCUCUCUCCAAGGGAUGCAAGAGUGCCAAGGUUGUGAGGGACGCCGCGGACAUCCCAGCCGGCUGUGGAAGUGCAGUCGUUACGCCUUCUAUCAUCGUUCACGUUCUCGUUCGGGGUCUUGUGGAUCUGGACAACGAAAUUGCCAAGUGCGACAAGAAACUUGAUCUUGCAAAGAUGAAUCUGCAAAAGGUCGUCAAACUCGAGUCGCAGCCUGAGUAUAAGGAGACCGUACCUGCGAACGUGCGCGCUGCCAACACAGACAAGCGCAAAACACUGGAAGCGGAAAUUGCAACUUUGGAAACAAGCAGGAAUAUGUUUGCGCAAUUGAAGUAA